AUGGCCGCUGCAAACCAACACGAGCCCGUCGCCAUUGUCGGAAUGGGCUGUCGUUGGCCAGGCGGUGUUUCCAACUCGCCAGAACUAUGGGAUUUUCUGAUGGAACGGUAUGACGGCUUGCAGGAGUUCGAUAAACCUCGUUACUCUGCCGAAGGAUUUUACCAUCCUAACACAGAUCGUCCGGGAACAAUGGCCAUGCGGAGUGCAUUUCUGACAGAAGGUGAUGCACGGCUCUUUGAUUAUACCUUCUUUGGAAUGACAGCUCUCGAGGUAGAGACGCUCGAUCCCGGGCAGCGAAAGCUGCUUGAGGUGGCAUAUGAGGCCAUCGAGAAUGCUGGAGAGUCCUGGGAAAGCAUCUCAGGAACGCGUACUGGAGUCUUUGUUGGCAAUUUUUCUGUGGAUCACUGGAUGAUACAGCAACGGGAUUGGGAUAAUCCCAGGCCGUAUGCAUUCUCAGGGGCAGGCACAAGUAUUUUGGCCAACCGAAUAAGCUACGUUUUUAACCUCAAAGGACCAAGUCUUACAGUUGAUACCGCUUUCAACGCUAUACGUGCGGGUGACUGCGACUCGGCCAUUGUGGCUUCGUCAAAUUGGAUCGGUGAUCCAGGCGUACAAAUGGCACUAGACAAAAUGGGUGCGCUCUCGGCCACAUCGAGAUGCCAUACCUUCGAUUCUCGUGCUGAUGGAUAUGCUCGAGGAGAAGGCUUUUGUGCUUUAUAUUUGAAGAGGAUAUCUUCAGCUGUUGCUGAUGAAUCGCCAAUCCGUGCGGUUAUCAGGGGCACUGCUAUCAAUGCCAACGGCCGAACCGGAGGCAUAUCGAGACCUAGCGUCGCCGGCCAGGAAGCCGUCAUCCGCGAGGCGUAUCGGAAUGCAGGGGGUCUGCCUUAUUCUGAUACGAGUUACUUCGAGUGCCAUGGUACUGGCACUUCCGUGGGGGAUCCACUCGAGGUUGCAGCUGUUGGACGCGUCUUUGCGUCUGAGAAGCCCCAUGGAGAGCCUAUGCUGGUGGGAUCUGUCAAAACCAACGUCGGCCACAGCGAGGGUGCGAGUGCCCUUGCGUCAAUUAUGAAGGUAGUUCUCUCUCUCGAAAACGGCAUCAUUCCCCCAAUAUUCGAUAUUGAAACGCCAAAUCCAGCGAUCGAUUUUGAAGGAGCCAAUGUCAAAAUUGUGACAGAUGCGACAAGUUGGCCAAAUGGCAAGUUACGAAGGGCAAGCAUCAACUCGUUUGGUUAUGGCGGCUCGAACGGACACUGCAUCUUGGACCAUGUCCACAGUGUGAUUCCCGACUACGUGAAGCCUGGGGUACGGCCAGGCCAAGCUAAUGGCAAUUCAAGCAACGGUAUCACUUCAGAAGAAAGUAGGAGCACAAACGCGAAUGCUGCUAAUCACACUAUCACCAUAAAAGUGACGGGUGCAGCCACUGCAGCUACUCGUCAACUUGUACUUUUGCCCUUCUCCGCACACAACGAAGCAUCGCUGCAGAUGAAUAUUGAAGCCCUGUCUAAGACCAUAGACAGGUUUUCUUUGGCAGAUGUCGCGUACACGUUGGGAGAUAAACGCUCCAAGCUCUCUCAUCGGUCAUUUCGUAUCGUGGACAAAAGCAGCGCUGCACAAGGCUUGCUUCAUGAUGGCAAGGUCUGGAGAAGCCCUGCUCAAUCCUCCAAACUCGCUUUCAUAUUCACAGGCCAAGGAGCUCAGUGGCAUGCGAUGGGUGCUAGUCUAUUCGAAUACCGAGUAUUUCGCACUACUAUAAAGCGCUUAGAUCAUGUCCUCGAAGCACUGCAAACACCACCAUCCUGGACACUGGCCGACACCGCAGAGGUUUCGCAAACCGUAUGUACUGCGGCGCAAAUUGGUCUCGUAGAUCUUUUGGCUUCGUGGUCAGUCCGGCCGUCAAGUGUGGCGGGGCACUCGUCUGGCGAGAUGGCAGCUGCUUAUGCCUCUGGCUACAUAACCGCUGCAGAGGCCAUCGUAGCAGCCUACUUUCGCGGCCAAGCAGUAUCCAGAAAUAAGGAGAACGGUGCCAUGCUGGCUGUUGGCCUAGGCCCAGACGAGGUUUCCUUCAAGUACCUUGGUGACUGGGGACGGCAGGUUAAUGUGGCUGCAAUAAACUCUCAAGAUAGUGUCACAAUAUCUGGAGACGCGGAAGCCAUCAAGAAGAUCUCCGAAGCCCCAACGGCAGAUGGAGUGUUCAACCGGGUUCUCAAGACAGGGGGUAAUGCGUACCACUCACAUCACAUGAACAUAAUUGGUUGCGACUAUGAUCAGGUACUCUCCAAUGGGCUCAAACAUAUCGAAAAUAGAGGUUUGGUCAAUAGACAACAGUGUUAUGACCGCGUCCCAUGGAUUUCGUCAGUUGCCCCAGGCAAAAUUCCCCCCUACCUCACAGCCGUGGAAUGGAGUUCCUACUGGAGAACGAAUCUCGAGUCCCCUGUACGUUUCUAUGAAGCGGUCUCAAUCCUAUUAUCAUUAGAAGGGUCUAAACAAGUCCAUGCUUUCCUUGAAGUUGGACCUCAUCCUGCUUUGAAGAGCCCACUGGCUCAAAUAGCCCAAGGCCACGGGAAGUCGAUAAGCUACGUCUCGACAUUGAAGCGACAAGAAGAUGGUCGAGUUUCCAUGCUCCAACUCGCCGGGCAAUUGUUCUGUCUCAAUUAUCCAGAAAUAAACUUAGCGGCCGUCAACUCCGUCGAUGACUUACAUUCAAAGGGUAUGCAGCGCGGUUGCACUGCCAUCGACCUUCCCCAGUACCAGUAUGCAUAUGGUCCAGUCAUCUACCAUGAGAGUAGGCAGAGUAAGGAGUACCGGUUUCGAACCGUUCCAAGACAUGACCUACUAGGCUCCAAAGUCGUGGGUAACGCAAAGCUGAGACCUCAAUGGCGUAACAUAUUGCGUCUCAAGGAUUUGGCAUGGCUAAGUGAUUACAGCUUGUUAUCAGAUACCGUCUUGCCCUCUGCUGGAUACAUUACCAUGGCUGUAGAAGCCGUAUCCCAGGUCUACAGUAGCUUUCCGGGGCCAGUGAAGAUCACAGGUUAUACCCUUUCGAAUGUUCGUAUAAAGGCGAGCAUGAAAAUCCCGCAAGAUGACUACGGUCUCGAGGUCUUGACAAGCAUGGAGACAGCCGGAGCAACGGACGCAACAUCACCGGAAUGGGCUACUUUUUCCAUCAGCUCAGUAAACCGAGACACAGAGGAAUGGACGGAACAUUGCACUGGGCUAAUAAAAGUUGAAGUAUCGGAGGCCACGGUCUACACAGAUAAAAUAGACAUGGCCGAUGCUGUCUUACAAGCCGCCAAUACCUCCGCCUGGUACAGAAAGCUCUCAGCUCUUGGGCUCAAUUAUGGCAAAAGUUUUCAAUCUGUUUCCAAAGUCAUGGUGGAUCAAGAUCUGAAUUUGGCUGUCGGUCAGCUGGAUCUGAUUGCAGCAGCUGACAAUGCUAAAGGGUACGAAUCUAGCUAUCCGCUACAUCCGACAGCCUUCGAAGGUGCUUUCCAACUCGGUUUCCUUACCUGUCGCGGAGGUCAGAUUGAGCAAACCGGUAGCGCGUUUGCUGCUGUCCAAAUUCCACAGAUUUACCUCAAGAACGGUAUUUGUGAGGAAAGUAAUACUGUCGUUGGUUACGCAAAGCGUCAUGGGCUACGAGGUUCAGACUGCGUUGAUUUACAAUUACUAAGUCAGAGUGGUAAGAUCGUUAUGAGUGUAGAGAACCUCCGUUUCGCGAGUUUCAUCAGCGCUCAGCCAAGCUCAACAGAUGGCGUUGUCGGUGGCUCAUUGGCACGACUCGUCUGGAAGCCCUCCUUUCGUUAUAUGAACAAUCGACAAAGCCGUAAUAUGUUCCCGCCCCCACAAGAGAACGUCGAGAUAGCACCACUUUGGGGCACCACAAACAGGUUGGCGCACAUGGUCGUCUACGACAUCUAUAGAAAGUAUGCCCAAGGUAGAGAUGGGCCGAAGCCUUCAGGUGAAGUGGGUCACUUUCUCGCAUGGAUCAAGCGCAUGGGAGAGAAAGAUCAAUCUGAGCCGAUUCGAGAGGCAAGGGGCCUUUCGAAUGACGAACUCCUCCAAAGAAUCAAUCAACUCAUUCACCAAGCCCCGAAUGUCACAGAGGUCAAGAUCAUCAAACUUCUGCAUGAGGAAAUGGCGGAUAUCCUAUACGAGCGAAAAACUGGAAUCGAUAUUCUUAUUCAAAACGACCUGCUGACACCGUUAUAUCAGACUGGACUUUUAAUGACAAGCGUAUACCCACAACUUUCUAGAGUCUUGGAAGGAUUGGGCCAUUCCAACCCGAACCUUCGCAUUUUGGAGAUUGGCGGUGGAACAGGUGGCGCAACGCGGAUAGCCGUGAAGGCCCUCAGUGGACCGAAUGGCACCAAGAACUAUCAUGACUACACUUUCACCGACGUGUCUCCAGGCUUCUUGUCGUCUGCACGGGAUUCAAUGACUGACUUUCAAGAUUUUAACUACGCCGUAUUGGAUGUUGAAGUUGAUCCAGUAAAGCAAGGUUUUGAACCUGUUUACGACCUUAUCAUCGCAUCUCAAGUUCUGCACGCCACUAUCAGCAUGGCCAAUACGUUAGCAAAUGUACGAAAGAUGCUAAAGCCAGGUGGCCAGUUGCUUCUAGUCGAAUCCAACCGCAAUUUUACAGUGCAUGGUAUAGUGGUGGGUACGUUCACAGGAUACUGGUUUGGAAUUCCCGAUGGACGAGUAGAUGCCCCUUUCAUGGGCCUGGAAAGGUGGGACUCAGAAUUGCGAAAAGCAGGCUUUUCGGGUCUCGAUAUAGUGUUGGAUGAUUUUCCUAGCCCGCACAAUACUACGUCUGCGAUGCUUUCGACGCUGCUUAGACCAUCCGAGUCGACCCACCAGGGGAAGCCCGCUCUUCAUAUCCAGAUACUCAACUGUCCGGGUGCCUCCACGGCUUUAGUGGGACGAAUUUCUGAAGAGAUCGACAAACGCGGAUAUUCCUUCCACACGGCAUCAUUCGACGAUGCAUCGACUCUCAUCCCGCCAAAGUCACAUGUGAUAGUCCUCCUGGACGAGAAGCGACUUUCUUACAGUACUGGCGAGAGAUAUUUCCAAACUCUCCAAUAUUUAGCACAAAAUACCGUAAGUCUAGUCGUCCUUACGAGUUGUGGUAUGGUGAGCGGUCACAAUCCACACGCUGCAAUGAUUCCCGGAUUGUUGCAAGCUCUUAGGGCUGAAGGCUCUUCGGGCAAGUUCGCAUCAAUUGACAUAGAUGCUGAUGGAUUUGCUGUCGACACGGAUGAAUUAGAAGACCUUGCUCGCUCUAUCGUUGAUCAGCAGCUCUCGUUGAGCAAAAUAAAUGAAGGUGGCCCUGGACCUGAGGAUCGCGAGUUUGUUUGGCAAGAUGGUUGCCUGUGGGUGAGUCGAUAUGUGACCGACAUGAGCUUGCGCCCAGAGAACAGCCCCAGACAUACGGUGGUCGCGUCAGGUGAUUUUCGCUGCAGCAGUGAAGAUGCUGUACGAGCAGUGUUUCAAGCUCCAGGCUAUCUUCCCUUGACGCUAGAGACUGACAAGGAAAUGUGGCAAGUCAUACCAGAGAAUGACAUCGAGGUCAAAAUUGCGGCCUCCGGCCUUAGCUGGACACAAUCAGACUCCUUGACAGGCCGGUCUGAUGCAUUCCAUCCCUCUUCUGAGUACAGUGGAGUUGUAACAGCGGUAGGUGCGAGCGUGAUUGGUUUUGAGGCUGGUGAUCGUGUCUAUGGACUUGGGAUAGGUUACAUUGGGAAUUACUCGCGAGUUCCCGCCUCCCUGGCGCGCAAAAUGAGCGCGUGUGAUGAUCUUGUGCAAAUGGCUAGCAUCCUUACUGUGUUAUUUCUGUCGCCCACUAACGAGGUUGGACUGGCAGGAAUCCGGAUCGCUAAAGCUAAGGGAGCCGAUGUUUGGGUUGUUUUUGAUACACCUGAGCAGGCAGAUUCACAUGUGGAGAUGCUAGGCUUACCACCGUCACAAGUCCUUUCAUCUCUCGAUCUCCAACAAGCGGGAGGAAAAGUCUUACAGCGUGGUUUUGACGUGGUUCUCACCACGGCAACGCAAGACAAAGAUCUCUGUGCGGCGCUCAAGGUACUAGCCCCAUUGGGAUAUCUCAUCAAGGUUGGUCCGGCGAACCCGGGAGAAUCCCGAGGAGCUUUCACAUCGGAGCUGUUCCAGAAGAAUGUCAACUUCUCUUUGGUAGAUCCAUUGGUUCUUCUCGGUAGUAACCCGCAGCUCUGCAAUGAAAUCAUGGAUACAGUCGAUGGUUACUACCGUGAUGGAUUCAUUGAACCCAUUCAUGCGGUUACAAGUAUAGACAUAACUGAUCUGGCGUCUUGCCAGAUAAUAGGAGAUGUCAUCAAGGAUAUGCAACCGGGGAAGUUGCUUGUAACCUUCAAUGAUGCCAACGCUUUUUCAAAAGCAGCUUCAGCUACGCCGACAAUUCGAUUCAAUUCUGAGGCUUCCUACUUGAUAGCAGGUAAUUUCGAUGGCCCAGUACGGGCACUGGUCCGCUGGAUGGGAGAGCAUGGGGCGAGGCACAUAGUUCUCUUAUCCACUCGUGAUAUUUCGAGCAAUACUGAGGACGAUAAACUCCUCGCAAGACUAGCAACUCGUGGUAUUUCACUGCAGGUCGUCCAGUGCGACAUAAGCGACAGAGAUGAGAUCCUGCACAAGAUUCCCCAAGCUUCCCAAGAGCGUCCAGUCAAGGGUGUUGUGCAUUUGGCUGGGCCAAAUCUUCAAAUCCCAACAAUCGACAAUGUUUCGCUCUCGGCUUGGCGCCAAAGUCUAGCCACCAAGGUGGCAGGAACGAAGAACUUGCAUGAAGCAACACUUGACUCGAACCUAGAUUUCUUCGUACUGGCUACGACUUCUCCGACACCGCAUGGAGCGAAUGCAGCCGGUGACCACUUCUUAGAAGCGUUCGCACGCCAUCGCUGGCAUCUUGGUUUGCCUGCGUCGACAUUCUCGUCUGUCCUGGUCGCUGACGUGGAAAAUGAGACUUCAAAACUAGGCUCGAAUCUGCAUGUGGCGGGUACAAUCGUAUUGAGCGAGAAGCAGUUCCUCGGGUUAAUUGAGCCAGCAUUCUUGAAACAGAACGUUUCCCCGCCCUCAUAUAAGCAGCGGGAACGACUGGGCCGAGGACAAGAUCCCUUCUCUACAAUCAAUAUCGUUACAGGCGUGGAACCUUCCACUAUAUCACCUGCACCGAGCGACCAUGUGGUGUCCGGAGUAGAGGCAGCCAUACUGGCGAGUCCGUAUUGGGCUGAGGACGGAAGAUUGUCUCACAUCGUGCGCGCUGUUUCGGAUGCCAAGCGACAGUCGUUGUCCAACACGACGCGCGAUUCGGAGGAGGAAAGCCCUCGGGCGGCCAUGGAACGUCUGCAUCGCGAGUUCGAUGCAGCCAUCGCACAAGGUGGAUUAGGAGAGCGCACCCAAACCGUGUCAUUCAUAGAGGGGGCCGUUAUGCAGGCCGUGGCCAACGUGUUGUUCAUCGACGUCGAAAGCUUAAAUCCGGCUAAGUCGGUGGCUAAUCACGGUGUUGACAGUCUAGUUGCAGCCGAGCUGCGAAGAUGGUUCAAUCAGGCUCUCGGCGUAGAACUCAAUAUGGUCGCCCUACUAGAUCCGGAUACGACUAUUCACGCCUUGGCCGAAAGCAUUGUCGAUAUGGCGCUGGCCCAUAAGCAAACAUGAAUGGGAAUCAACGAACAAGCCAGGGUCUUGUGGAGCAGGCGUGAGAACACAAGAGAUCACAUGUAACUUAGUCUGCCAUAGUGAACAAAAUAGCCAAUGCGAGAAAGCUGGGAUAUAUGAAUUUGUACUUGGCUUACUUAUUAAAAAUUGACACUUGACC